GUAUAUUUCCUGUCUAAGGAAGAGGGGCCAUUAUUAAGUUUCAGUCAUUUUACGAUAAGGACAUAGUACAUCCAGAUUAACUGUAGCUGAUUUCUAAUCCUCUGUUACAUCCAACUUGUAGAUUUCUCACACUGAUAAAGGAAGGUUCACCAUGAUCUCUUUCUGGGCCAUGGUCUUCUUUCUGAUUGGUGACUCUGCUUGCAGUUCCAGUGAGAUGACGGCCAAAGAGGGCUCCUGUGUGACGGUCCACUUAACUCUGUCCGAUAUAUGGGAUUCUGGGUACAUUGUUUGGUUGAAGGACGCCGUGUGGAAUGCCACGGCAAAUGAUUAUGAGGGCACAAUCGUGCACAGCCUCAAACCUGACAAACCCACCGCGAGUGAAUUUGAAAACAGAGUGUCUGUGGGUUCCAUUGGGUCCACUGGGGGUUUAACGAACUACGAAUUGACCAUCAGUAACCUGAGACUGGAAGACAGCGGAAAUUACUCAGUUAGAUACUAUGAUAAAGCUGAUCCUCCUUAUGAACUGAAAAAGAGCAGCUCUGAAAUGAGUCUUGAGGUUCAGAAGAACCCUUGCCAAGUCAGCGUAACAGGGCCGGAGCUGGUCCAGGCGGGGGCGGAGGUGAUUUUGCACUGCUCCACUGUGGGGCACUGCCAGAACAGCCCCAAGUGGCGUAGCUCGGGGUCAGGCCUGGCCUCCAGUAAAGUCUCCGACACCCAGGGUGCGAAAACAGCCCAGCUGCGCUUCGAAGCGGACUGGUCACAUGAUGGGGUGACGUUCUCCUGUUGGCCGUCGCCGAGCAACGACGCGUGCGCCUCCAGAAACAUCACGCUGGCCGUGGAAUAUUCGCCCAAAGACACCAAGGCGAAAGUUGCUGGUUAUGACGUCAUAAAGGAAGGACAGGCAGUCACCUUCUCCUGCCACAGUAAAGGAAACCCCCAGCCCACAUUGUCCUUGUUUAAACUGGGCCAAGGUGAAAUUGCCCAGGGAGGAGAGUGGAAAUUACCCAAUGUCAAAAUAGAAGAUGCCGGGAGCUACUUCUGCCAGGCUAAAAACAAACUUGGCACUGAAAACUCAACAAACGUUAUACUUGAUGUCACAUAUCCUCCUAAGAACACCUCAGUGUCAGUCAGCCCCUCUGGUUCAGUGUUAGAGGGCAGCUCUGUGACUCUGACCUGCAGCAGUAAUGCCAACCCAGCAGUGCAGAACUACACCUGGUAUAAAGUGAAUGGGACAGAGAUGAACACUGUAGGAACUGGACAGAAUAUCACCUUCACUGUGACUGAGUCCAGUGGCAGUGAACAGUACUACUGUGAAGCUCAGAAUGAACAUGGCAAGGAGAACUCAACUGUACAACUGGAAGUUGUUUAUCCUCCUAAGAACACCUCAGUGUCAGUCAGUCCCUCUGGUUCUUUGUUGGUGGGCAGCUCUGUGACUCUGACCUGCAGCAGUAAUGCCAACCCAGCAGUGCAGAACUACACCUGGUAUAAAGUGAAUGGGACAGAGAUGAACACUGUAGGAACUGGACAGAAUCUCACCUUCAAUGUGACUGAGUCCAGUGGCAGUGAACAGUACUACUGUGAAGCACAGAAUAAACAUGGCAAGGAGAACUCAACUGUACAACUGGAAGUUUAUUAUCCUCCUAAGAACACCUCAGUAUCCAACAGUCUCUCUGGUUCAGUGUUAGCGGGCAGCUCUGUGACUCUGACCUGCAGCAGUAAUGCCAAACCAGCAGUGCAGAACUACACCUGGUAUAAAGUGAAUGGGACAGAGAUGAACACUGUAGGAACUGGACAGAAUCUCACCUUCAAUGUGACUGAGUCCAGUGGCAGUGAACAGUACUACUGUGAAGCACAGAAUGAACAUGGCAAGGACAACUCAGCAAAUGUCCAACUAAACGUGAUAUACAUGCCUCAGAUCUCUGGCUCUGGGAGCUGCAGCAGAACUGCAGCAGAGAUCAGCUGCUCCUGUGAGAGCCGUGGGAAUCCCUCUCCCAGCAUGGAGUGGCGUGUGUCUGGACUGCGGGUCACUAACUCUACUGACAGGGUCAUCAGGGAGGAGCAGCUGGGGAACACAGGCCUGAGGAGCUCCCUCACCAUGCGCCAAUCACAGGGAGACACGCCCACUCUCCUCUGCAUCAGCACCAACACUCUCGGCUCCGCCAGCCUCCAGCUCCACCUCCCGUCUCCACAGCAACACUCAGGUUUCGACAUUUCUUCACUGCUGAUUGCUGCAGCUGCCGGUGCUGGUGCCAUGAUGAUGAUAUGCCUCAUAAUGCAGCACAUUCUAAAGAAAAAGAGACACAUCCAGUGUUCUGGAAGUAGAAUGAAGGACAGCGAAGGGCUCAUACUGACAGAUGGGACGGCCGCUCAAGAUGAGGAAUCGAUCUACGCCAACAAGACCAUGCUGUCGGAGGCGGGUGCGGUGGAAAAGGGGGACGAGGGCGCCCUGCACUAUGCCACCGUGGAUUUCUCCAAACUUCCCGGCACGGGUGGGGAACACGGAACGGGCAUCGUCCGGGGCACUUCCAAACGUACGCCCGACUACGCAGUGAUCCGACACAAAUCCAGGGAAGAGAGAGAAGGAGGAGAGGAAGAAGGUGAUGAGGCAAAGGAGGAGAUGGGGAAGGAGGGCCAGGCUGAGCUGGGCACAGAGAGGGAGUCAGCCGAGGCGGGGGGCAAGAAGGAGGAGGAGUCUCGGCCGAAUCUGAGCCCACAGGCCUCCGUCAACCCUGAGCCCACGGAGGAGGCCACCUACGGGAACAUCUGCCGCUCCAGGCCCACUAAGAGGGCACGGCAGGGACUGCAGCAGCCGCCCCGGAACCCUGCUGCAGAGGAGGAGCAGGAGGAGCAGCGCCAGGAGGAGAACUCAGCAGGAGGCCAGGAGGACAUUUACGUGGACGUCAUGAGCCCCCUGACGGAGGGUAACGGAAAGGGAACGGAGGAGAGUGCGUACGCCGAGGUCAGGAAGCCCAAAUAAGUCACCAUGGAGAUAGGCCAACUCAUCACACCACGCUGCACUCUCAUAAUGCCAGGUUUUACUUUACAGCACGAUACAUAACAUGCGUUAUGUUGCAGUACAGAUGUUACGCUAGAUUACGCCGUCAUACUGUUAUCCACAAUCUUCCAGGCACUGUAGUAGGACCAUGCACAUACAGUACAUAACAGCCAUACUUUGCCAUGUGCUCUUUUCAGUAUGCUAUGCUACAUUACGAUACCUUACACGUUGUCACCUUAUGUUACAUUAGCAUAUAGAAGUUGGCAGUAUUUUUACUUACAAUGUGUUACAUUAUAAUGGCGCUUUACAUCGUGUUACCUUACAUUACGUUUAACAGCAUGUUCACUUGCAGUGUGUCACAUUACAUUAUGUCAGCAUACAAAAUUAACAGUUUUUUUAAAAGUGUACGGCUCUUCACAAUGUGUUACGUACCACCAAUUAUGUAAUGUUUACGUUACAGUGUUACCGUUAUACUACCAGCGGUGACUGUUUUUUCCAUGUUUGUGAGCAAGCCAUUGUGUGAGGAGUCACAUUAUGGUCCAUUACUUAGCGAUGUUACUUUGCUGUGUGUUGCCUUACAUUGCAUUACCGCUUGUCGUAUUUAACCACACAGACAUUAUUCACAACAGCUGUGUGGGUUUGUGAACCUGAGUCCUGUGGUGGAGUCAGACCAACUGUCUGGACUGCCAGUGAGAUUACACAAAACGUCCUCUCAUUUCCUGUUUAAUAUUCAUUAAGUCAUUAAUAUAUAUAUAUAUAUAUAUUUUUUUUUUUUAUCGCUGUAAAUUAUAUUGAUAUCUUUUGCUGGUUUUGAGAAUGCGUGCCAUUGUGCUCGUUCUGAUAUUAAAUAUGUGUUUUAAUAUCUCAUGUUCAUAAUGUCUGUCACUCAGUGUUUGGAUUGUAAUUCAGUGAUAGGCAGGCCAUAAGGGUUUUCAAAGGCUGAUCUUGCAGUUGCAAUGGCCGUGAUCAUGUAACACUUCUGCAACUUCCGUUUGUGGAAAUUGCACUCACAGUGACAGUAUGUUGAUUUGUUGUAACAUAAUUAACAGUGCCUUGUAUUUAACUGCAUAAGAAAAAGAAAAGCUAAAUCUGUCACGUGUAUUUAUUAUAUUUAAUAAAUGUUGCACAUUUACAUUGCUGUCGAUCUGAAUCAACAGGAGUUUUGGCCACUUGUUUGCCACACACCGUAAUUGGUUGAAUAAAAACAUUGUAUUUUUGUUUA